CACUGAUGAUGGUUAGGUGGCAUGUAAGUGGCGUCAGCUUCAGCUCUCCAAAGCUGUGAGCUUUGGCUGGGAGUGACGCCGCGCACUCUGCCUCUCCAAGCAGAAACAACAACAAAAACACCUGUAUGGAUGAGCAGACCUCCAGCGUUACGCAGACACCAUCCUCAGCCGAACACAAGGGCAGAGCCGUGAUUGAGAAGCGGGGAUAUGGAGAGGCGGAGAGGAACGUCAUGACGGUGGAAAACAUGCUGGAAGAGUCGGCUGUACUCUCAGCGCCUCACCUGUCCGUGGAUCGAUAUGAGUGCAGCCGCCAGGGAUGCUGCGAGAGGGUGGUCAUCAACAUCUCUGGUUUACGCUUCGAGACUCAACUCAAAACUUUCAACCAGUUUCCAAACACGUUGCUGGGGGACCCGAGGAAAAGGAUGCGCUACUUUGACCCACUCAGGAACGAGUAUUUCUUCGACAGAAACAGACCCAGCUUUGAUGCCAUCCUGUACUACUACCAGUCAGGGGGGCGCAUUCGGAGACCUGUUAACGUCCCAAUUGAUAUUUUUUCAGAGGAGAUACGCUUUUACCAACUUGGGGAGGAGGCUAUGGAGAAAUUCCGCGAGGAUGAGGGGUUUAUAAAAGAGGAUGAGCGCAUACUCCCUAAAAAUGAUUUCCAAAAGCAGGUUUGGCUUCUGUUUGAGUACCCUGAAAGCUCCGGACCUGCAAGAGGAAUAGCCAUCGUUUCAGUGCUUGUGAUCCUGAUUUCAAUUGUUAUUUUCUGCUUAGAGACUCUGCCUGAAUUUCGGGACGAAAAAGACAUAUCCACAGUAGCACCCACAUUAAAUGGCACAGCUCCAACGGUGCCAAGCCCAUUCACAGAUCCGUUUUUUGUGAUAGAAACGCUGUGCAUUAUAUGGUUCUCUUUUGAGUUGCUGGUCAGGUUUUUCGCCUGUCCCAGCAAAACCACUUUCUCCAAAAACAUCAUGAAUAUCAUUGACAUUGUUGCCAUAAUCCCUUACUUUAUCACCCUGGGGACAGAGCUGGCAGAGAGCCAGCAAACUAACGGGGGCCAGCAGGCGAUGUCUCUCGCAAUCCUGAGAGUGAUCAGGCUGGUGAGAGUCUUUCGCAUUUUUAAACUCUCACGACACUCUAAGGGACUCCAGAUUUUGGGACAGACGCUGAAGGCCAGCAUGAGGGAGCUUGGCUUGCUCAUCUUUUUUCUCUUCAUAGGAGUCAUCCUCUUCUCCAGCGCUGUUUACUUCGCAGAAGCAGACGACCCCUCGUCUAGUUUUACCAGCAUCCCAGAAGCAUUCUGGUGGGCAGUUGUCACAAUGACCACAGUUGGAUACGGAGACAUGCAUCCGGUAACCAUUGGAGGCAAAAUAGUGGGGUCACUUUGCGCAAUAGCGGGGGUGUUGACUAUUGCCUUACCUGUGCCAGUAAUUGUGUCGAAUUUCAACUACUUUUACCACCGAGAGACGGACGGAGAGGAGCACCAGCAAUACCUCAACAGAAGCAGCUGUGAGCACCUCCCCCCAGAGGAGCAGAUGAAGUCGUGCAGCUCAUCUUCUCUCAGCAAGUCCGAUUAUAUGGUUAUUGUAGAAGGCAUCAACUGUGCGUUCAAGCAGCCCAACUUUACUACAGAGAAAAAUCAGAACUGCGUCAACAUCAAAAAGAUGUUCACAGAUGUGUAAAAUUCACUAUUUAUGAAGCAUAAAGAAAUAUUAGGUCUGUAAUAUUAUUUUUGUAUAGCCUCUAUGUGUCAGUCCAAAUCUGUGGCUGAAGGAUGAAACAGUUAACUUUAACAUAAGACCUCAAUACAGUACCCAUUUAGGCCUGAUAGAUCUGACUGACUGUAAACUAUCUUUAUAAGCUGUUGGUAAAAUCACAUUUGUCACAUUUUAGUCUAAAAUGCCACAUGAUGCCUACAUAUCUGGUUUGCUAUAAUGUUGUCAGUGUUGAAUACACGUGUAGCAUUUACUCCUGAAAGUCCAAAAGAAAAAAAAAAGCCUAAAGUGUUGUGCUUUGUGGAAAGAACAGAAAAGUUCUUUUGUCCAGUAAUGUUAUUAAAUAUAUUAUAAUGAUUUAUCUAGCUGAAUGCCUGUUUAGGUUAUAUCUAAUAUCAUAACCUGUCCACGUGUUUGACUCUGCAGUCAUGUUCAGAUAGUGCGAGAAGGCUUAUCAUGAAUCAAAAACCUGUAUUUUUAUUCAGAAACACUUAU